GCGCGCCGCUCAGACCGUUGAUGGCGUUCGCAGCGACCGCUUGGCACACGUCGCGUUUUUAGCCGCCAGCGCGAUUUAAACCGCCAACCAAACCGCUCAAGUGCGUUUUUUUUCGACCCCCGCCUUAACCCCUAAUUUUACAAAAGCGCACAGAAGAGACCAAAAAACAUACAAAAAUGGCAACGAACAAAAUUGGCAGCAAAUCCUGCAGGAGCAGCAGAUCGAAAUCAUCAUCAUCGUCGUCAUCGUCAGCAAAAUCAGCGGAUAUAACAAACCAAAUCAGCAGAGGAUUAACACUAAAUCACUCAUUUAUUUACUGCUGCCUGGUAAUAAUCUCCAUGGCGUCUGUAACCAUGGCUAAACCACCGGAUCAGGAAGCAGUCCAUCACAAAAAUGCCGAAUUCCCGGAGGAGGACAGCGACAUGCUGAUGGAGCCAAAUGAUUUUUCGCCAAUCACAGUACUUCGAUCGCACGAGCAACACUUCCAUAUGCCGCCGACCACGCAACUCCAGCCGCAAAUUCAGACCAGAAUUCAGCCCAGAGCUCAGCCCAGGCAAUUUCAAUCGGCGGCGGCCCAACAUAACAAUCCCGAUGAGGAGGACCAAUUUCGACCCAUUGCCAAUCCAAAUACAAAGAUAGUAGGCGACUCGCAUACGCAGGCUGCUCAGAACUUCUAUCCACCGUUCUACCACGAGGCGCCGCCAUUGGGCCACUCGAGGCCCUACUUUGGACAUGGUCCUCCGGUUUCGGUUUCGGAAAGUACUCCUCUAUCGCUGCCCUUGCCGCUCUUGGCACCCCAACAGCAGCCACAGUUGGCCACUCAGCAGCGCAACUUUGAUGCCAGUAUUUUAGGGAGCGGAGACUUUGGUGUCCUCAGAGGGGGAACCUUCUAUCCGGAGGAGGAAAUGCCCUAUCAUCCCGAGGACAAUAGCGAUUAUAUCUAUGGCGAUGCCAACAAUGGACAUGGUCGUCCCUCGGAAGGAUUUGUACAGAAGUACACCUAUCCGGAGGAACAGUUUGCCAAUUUCCGGGAUUUUGCGGACAUUAAUACACCCGCCGAUUCGGCAUUUUCGCAAUUCGUGGUGGUAUAUGCGGCCAAGAAUGCCACGGCACCGCAUUCACAUCCGCAUCCCAAAAACAUAUUCGAGCAGCUGGAGCUGCUGGACAGGGAAAAAGAGUUGGAAAAGUCCAAGUCCCAGUCGCAGUCGCAGCCCAAAAACUCAUCCAAAAACAAGUCGAAAUUGUCGAAGACAAAGCUGCAGAAGAAAUACCGCAAGAAGGCGGGUCCCAAAAUACAGGAUCCCCUGGAAAUAGAGCCCUUAUUGGCCCUCAGUUAAGUUUCUUUAAAAGCGAGAAAAAACUAAAAAAAAAAAAAAAAAAAAACAAAAGCAACUAAAAUACAAACACCCAUCACCACUUUCGUUUUCCCUUGUUAGUUUUAUUUAUUUUAUUUCGAGAUGAAUGCAAGCCGCCACCACAAAAAAAGAGCCACCCUUUAUCUUAAUGUUCAUUUCCACAAAACACCUGUAUUGCAAAAAUCUUUACCAUUCUAUAUAUUAAAUAUCAGUGUUUUUUUUUUGGUCUGUCUGCUUUUUGUCUCG